GUUGCGCGUAGAAGGAGGGAGGAUGAGGACGAAGGGUAGAAGGAGAGGCCCGGGACCUGCGAGGGAGAUGUACAAAGGUGCAGAUGACAAAACCGAAGUGCCGGCGUACCAAAUGCUUCAAUGCAAGCUGAGCGCUCGUCCGAGGCGUACCCGGGUGGAGACCACUUCGAGACGGUCGCUCGCGCGGUUUUUCUCCCCGAGAGAUCAAAGAAAGUGAUCAAGAGGAGCCGAGAGGUCGAAUCGACGAUUUUUUUCGUGGUGGAAAAAAAAGAAGGAAAAUUUUUCAAUCGCGUUUCGGCCGACGCGAAAAGAACGCGGCGAGCAUAAUAAUCGCCGGGCUCGAUAGAUGAGAGAAGAUGGCACAUUACGUCGAUCUCGCUACGUCCUUUCUUAUCCUACUCCUGAUGGUCCACCUGGAGCAGCUGGUCCUGCACAAACGAGCGCUCGUUGUCGAGGGAAGACUGGAGGCACAGUUCGAGAAAUGCUGCGACCUUGGCGCCUCUUGGGCCCGAGAAGGUCUUAGGUGCGAGAAGUUCACCGGGCCUGUGACCGGAGUGCCGAGGGUGGAGCAGGGCAUGUGCCUGGAGGCUGUGGACAUCUGCUGCGUUCGGGCCUACCACAAGCUGCAAUGCGAAAAGGGCAAAGCCGACGCGCGCCUGGGUCUGGCCUGCGUGACGAGCGCGACGUCGCAACGCUCGCCGAAGACGCCCGGCCGCGGCGAUUACCAUCGCGAUUGUUGCGAGGGCUGCAAACUAGGUAUCCUCGCGGGGUCUAUGGGUCAAGGAUGCUCCCUUAAAAGCUUCUCGUUUGGAAUUCCGUGGGAUCCCGCGUUCUUGGAAUGCUGUCGGGAAGUGGCGCCGAGCUCCACGACAGAUCUUACGAGUGAAUUACCAAGCGAGAGCUCGAGCGAAACAGACCUGGACUCUUCGUCAUCGCCGACGUCCUCGUAUUCGCCACCGUCGUCUUUUUCGCCUACAACAUCUUUGUCUACUUCAUCGAACGAUCCGUCCUCCACAUCGCCGGAUGAUCCGUCCUCCACAUCGCCGGAUGAGGUGGAUGAUAUCUGUCAACUCAUGAAAGGCAUACUCUGCUCUGACAUUUGCGUCCCGACGCCAGGCUCGUAUCGCUGCGAGUGCCGCACCGGCUUCACUUUGUUAGAGGACGGAAAGACUUGCAAGCAGGAUCCGCCGACCGACAGGUGCAGGCCGACUCACCCCUGCGCGCAUCUCUGCACCGACAACGGGGUGGCUAUCGUGUGCAGCUGUAAUCCGGGCUACGACCUGGCCAAGGACGGACGUUCGUGCAUCCUGAGGUCGAAAACUAAAAAAGUGCCGAGAAAAGACAAAGACGAAACGUCGCCGUUGUGUCCGUCGGGCUAUCAAUAUAACGGCAGCAGUCAGGUGUGCGACGACGUGGACGAGUGUCUGGAGCGCGGCGUAUGUCCCGGCGGGGGAUGCCAGAACACCGUAGGAUCGUAUAUUUGCAUCAGGGAGAGGUCCGCAAAGAACGCACCCUACGAAGCCUGUCCUCCGGGCUACGAGUGGCAGCCAUCGACAGGUGUAUGCGCAGAUAUUGAUGAGUGUGCCGUCUUAUCGGCCGCCUGUGACGCCGAUAAGCCAUUCUGCGUGAAUACGCAGGGUAGUUACACGUGUCUGGAAAUGACCGGGGCGAAGUCUUGCCCCGCGGGAUUCAAAUUCGACAAAUCGUCGCAGUUGUGCAAGGACGUGGACGAGUGCGCGGAAGCUAUACACAGCUGUCUGGCAGAUGUCGAGCAAUGUCGAAAUACCGAGGGUGCUUACGAGUGCGAUAUGAAAUGUAGAAAAGGAUUCACAUACAGUAUCGGCCUGGGUGUCUGUGUCGACAUAGAUGAGUGCGUCGAGUCGAGCAACCCUUGUUCCGAUCCCAGCACAAUAUGCGUUAACACGGAGGGUGCGUACGAGUGUACAAAGACAUCGGCUAGUCCUUUUCCGUUUCCUCCAGUUAACAAGGAUCCAUCCGCUCACCAAAAGAAUGUGCAAUCGGGUUUAAGGAUGACUUGUUCCGCGGGAUACAAACCCUCUAACGAUUCCGGAACAACGAGGUGUACAGACGUCGACGAGUGCAAUGAACAAUUGCAUUCUUGCGAGCUCAACGAGCGUUGUGUUAACGAAAUCGGUAGUUACAGAUGCGUAUCAAUUGAAAACAACAAGGACACGUCUACCACGGAAGAGACAAACCGCGAUCAACGCGACGAUCGAUUUAGCAGAGGAUAUAAACUAGAGGGGACGAGCAUUUCAUCGGUCACGAACGAAGUCGAGGAUUGCAACGAGGGUUACUUUUUCGAUGGAAAGUCUGGCCGGUGCAUCGGUUGCAGAAGUGUUUACCUACCCCAAAGUAACAUCUAUUGGCGAGUACUAUUCUCCUUCGGAUUUCAUGAGAGAUGUUGUUACUGCUGUCGAUUAAAAAUCCGAGAUGUCGACGAAUGUGCCAAUGGAAUAGCGACUUGCAGCAUAGGCGAGCGUUGCGUGAACACGGAGGGCGGUUAUCGAUGCUCUCCAACAUGUCCACCCGGUUUCCGGCUGCGUAACAAUUCUCGGUCGGCGAACAAGGCCGAAGAAUCCUGCGAAGAUAUCAACGAGUGCCUGCUCGGUUUACAUACCUGUAACAGUUUAACUCAUUAUUGCCUUAAUACGAAUGGGUCUUAUGUUUGUGGAACACGAACUACUACCACCAGCACCAUCGCAACGGCGAUUAGCAGCACAACAACAAGAAGACCGUUCGUUGGACCGCGCUACGGCGUAGUACAGAACACGAAUCGUUACUGGUCCACCGAACCCUGCAGACUGGGGUACAAGAGAGACGCGAGUACGGGCCAUUGCGUAGACAUAGAUGAGUGCGCGGUCGGUCCCGGAUGUCGAGAUCACGAGAGGUGCACGAAUACUCCGGGGGGCUACGACUGCUCGCCCCUUUGCAGUAUCGGCUGGUAUUUCAGCACGACGACGAAAGGCUGUCAGGACGUGGACGAGUGUUUGUUGGGCAGGCACGAUUGUCCUCAGAGCACGCACAGAUGCGUCAACACCAACGGAUCUUUUGCUUGCGAGUUGAUACAGCCUUGCAGCCGCGGCUACAGACGAGCCUUUAACGGCACCUGCCUGGACAUCGACGAGUGCUCCGAGAGCCUACACAACUGUCGGCUCAACUUGCAUCAAUACUGCGUCAACAAAGAAGGUGGCUUCGAGUGUUUGACUAGACUGCCCUCCUGCCCGUCCGGAUACCGGUAUUCUUUGAGCGCUCGACAAUGCGAGGACAUCGACGAGUGCCUAACCGGGCAGUACAGCUGUGACGCGAAAUACUCUGAGAGAUGCGUCAACCUACAGGGUACAUACAGGUGCGAAAGACCUCUUCCUCCUCGUCAACGCCAACGACCAGCUUGUCCUUCCGGCUAUCGGUAUCAUCCUAAUUUACGCAGGUGUACAGACAUUGAUGAAUGCGCGGAAGGAUUGGACACAUGCGGUGACGAGCUCUGCUACAAUCAACCAGGUGGUUACAGCUGUGCGAAGCCGCCCGUGCCGAUAACCAGAAAACCGCCCACGACGGCGAUGCCGGUACCGAUGAACCAAAAGUGUACACGCGGCACCAGGUUCGUAAGGAACCGCGGCUGCGUCGACGUCAACGAGUGCCGGGAGCUCGAGGAUGCUUGCAGCAGCAACGAGGAGUGUGUGAAUACCGUAGGCAGCUAUACGUGCACCUGCCGGACCGGUUUCAGGCGCGAUAAUUUCACGCAGGCCUGCGUCGAUAUCAACGAAUGUCAGUUGCAGGAGAACGACUGCUUGUCGACGCAGCGAUGCGACAACACGAUCGGCAGCUACACGUGCACGCGUUUCUUACCCUGCGGUACCGGCUACACCCUUAACGCCGCGACCGAGAUUUGCGAGGACGAUGACGAGUGUAUUCUGGGUACCCACGACUGCACGUCCGGGUAUCAGUGCAGGAAUACCCUGGGCUCGUACCGUUGCGAUCGCAUCCCGCGUAUACCGAGUCCGCAGCCGCGCACCUCGCCGAUGACGACGACGAUGAGGAUCGCGACGGUCACGACGACGACGACGCCGACUCCAUUGGGCUCGGCCGGUUCUCAGCCGAACUGCCCGCGCGGCUUCGAGCCCGGGUCCAGCGGCAAAUGCAUGGACAUAGACGAGUGCCAGAGAACGCCGAAUCCCUGCGCCAGGUCUAUGCAGGCGUGUGUCAACACUCUGGGAUCCUAUAGAUGCGGCUCCAGGGUGAUCUGCGGUCCUGGUUACACUCUGGACCCCGCGUCCGGGCAGUACUGCAUCGACAUAGACGAGUGUCGGGACGGGACGCAUGAGUGCGACAAGGGUCAGACCUGCGAGAAUCGGCAAGGCGGCUAUCAGUGCAUCUGUCCGCCCGGUCACGCGGCUGGGCCCAACAACGACUGCGUUGACAUCGAUGAGUGUAGCAUUUAUGGUAGUAAUAUUUGUGGAUUCAACAGCCGCUGCGAGAACACCGUAGGCUCCUACAAGUGCCUGUGCUCGGAGGGCUUCGAAAACGCUGGAGGAGCCGCCGGUGUCUGCCAAGAUAUCGACGAGUGUCAGCGAACGCCGGGGCUCUGUCAGCACGUGUGCAUGAAUGUGUGGGGCAGCUACAGGUGCGGAUGCGAGGCUGGAUUCAGGCUGAAUCCCGAUAACAGGUCUUGCAGCGACAUCGACGAGUGCACGGAAUUCAAGGACAAUCAUCUCUGCAUCGGCAUCUGCGAGAAUACGCCGGGAAGCUACGCGUGCAAGUGCCCCGAGGGAUAUAGGCUCGGUAUCGAUGGUCGAACGUGCCAAGACAUCGACGAGUGCGCGGCCGGCCAGGUCUGCAGGGAGGCGGACGAGAUGUGCCAGAACACGCGCGGGGGUUUCCGUUGUAACCGGAUAAAUUGCCCCUCGGGGUAUCAUCAGGACCCCAUGAAAAAAAACCGCUGCGUACGCUCCUCGAGGUACUGCCGCGUGGACGAUCUGGCUUGCCUUCGGUUGCCCUCGCACUACUCCUACAGCUUCAUCACUUUCGUGAGCAUGCUGCCCAUCCCGCCCACCGGUCCGCUGGAGCUGUUCACCAUGAGAGGAAGCCAUCAUCCUGAGUCGACGAUGCAGUUCACUAUGGCAUUGGUGGACGUGCGCGCACCACCGGGUGUCGCGCGUGCCACGGAAUCCUGUUUCGCUUUGAAGAGACCGGCGCCGUCGCAGGCGGUCCUGGUGCUGACGCGCCCGAUUGCGGGACCGCAGGAGAUCGAGCUGGAUCUCAGCAUGGAGAUCUAUCACGAGACUGGAUUCAUCGGGAGCGCCGUCGCGAAGGUCUUCAUUUUCGUUACGCAAUAUGAAUUCUGAGUAGACCCUUUAAGCGGAGACGGAAGUCAAGAUCGUAAAGUAAAAUGAUGUAAUUUAGAGGUACGCCUAAUUGCCCGAUUUAUGUGAUUGCCUCUUCUUCCAUAGUGUUACUGUAAUCGUAAGAGCAACAAGAGUUACAUCCUCAAAUCAUAUAUAAUUUUGCGUGAUAAUUUCUUUCUGAAACAUAUGAAGUUUUUUCGCUAUUGCGAUCUGUCAUAGUUUGUUGAAUAAAGUCUCUGUUUCACUAAAAUAAUACAGAUAUCUUUUCCCGAAAUUACACUAAUGUAAUUAACGUCUUAGGCGACGUACAUUUAAGAUUAACGGAUCUUUUUCAUUUUUGCUCAUUUUUUAAGCUAAAUGUUAAAAUAAAUAUACACGCGUUAGCGCGUUGCGAUCGUAGAUGUGUAAAAAAAAGGAUGAAUUAAAUGUAUAUAGAUUCUUAUAAGUUAACACAUGUAAAAGAAUUAAACAUGGAAUAAACUUAUAGAAAUUAGUUA